GUCUUUCAGAUGUCCUCAAUUCCAGGGCAUGCCCCGAAACCUCCCCCUGAAUCCAUUUCCUCUUGGAGGUCCUGUGAACUUACAGAGCAAGUGAGGGAUUUGCAGGCUGCCCAGUAUUAAGCAUGUUUUCUUGGAAGUAAAUCCAGCUGAGUGCAUUCAUGCUUCCUUGCAGACAGUGCCGCAAAUAUAACUUCUCUGUGGGCUGCGCUGGGGAGCCCCUUCAUCAGCUGGAAGGGCCCUCUGCCCCGCACCUUAUCUUUCCGGCACAUGCAGGCAUUCGGUGGAGAUUGCCGAGCGGUGCAUUUGUGUCUUGUGCAGCCAGCUAGCAACACUUCGGCUCUCAUUCCCGGAGAGGAGCUAUCCUGAACUGGACCUCCCUCGUCUGGGCCAGGGCAAGAGGCAGGCAGAUUGCAGUGGCAAAGAAGAGGGCAAUCCCAGCAGCCCUUGCAGUGGGUACUUGUCAGAGCUGAAGAUGUGUUUUCUGCGGGCCUUCCUCCUCCUCCUCCUCCUCCUCCUCGGCUGCCCUCCUCUGGCCACCGCCACCUGCCCUCAUUGGUGCAGCUGUACUGAUGAUAUCAUUGACUGCAAAGGGCUCGGCCUCAGUGAGGAUGACCUUCCCACCUCCCUUGCCUCGUCAACGAGGAGGCUCUACCUUAACAACAACCAGCUCACCUUCAUCCCCAGUGGCUUCUUCGACCGUCUGAAGAACCUCCACACUGUCUCCCUGUGGGGCAACCCCUGGGAUUGCACCUGCAACAUCCUUUACCUGCGCUCUUGGCUCCAGUGGCAGCAGAAUCGAACCAUGUACAGAAACAUCGUUUGCACCUCCCCGGCCCACCUUGAAGGAAGAAUCGUUACCUAUUUGUUGGAGGAUGAGAUUCUUUCCACGUGCCAGUACUGGUACUGUAGCAUGGCACUCAUCAUGCAGAUCUGCCUGUUCCUCUUCAUCCUUGUGCAAGCGAUUCUGCUUUUCGUCGUCCUCGUCUAUGUCCGCAGGUUCCAGAGGAUAGCCAAGGAAGCCAGGAGGACAACGGCUGAGAUCUCGGAGUAUGUGGGCUCGUGGAGGGCUGCGGACAUGGAGCAAGAUGACUGAAGGAGGGGGCGGCUGUCUUAGGGGCUAAAAGAUCAGCCGGGGGGGGGGGGGACUGGCGACACCCCGACCUUCCUUUCCGCUUUGUUCUGGAGCAGAAGUGGGGAACUCAAGGGUUGAACUGGACUUUGCAAGAGUCCUCAGAGGCUGCAGUCCGGUGGGGUUAAGGUGAGCAUGGGAAACAGCAUGGGACCUCCCUGGGCACCCACCCCAUUUCCCACAGUGCCCCAAAGCAACAUGAUGGGGAAUGCAUGCUUCCAAGUGGGACUUUGGGAUUCUUGCUCACCAGAUUGCCUUGCUGUUUGAAUUUGUAGCCAUGUGUUCCUCAUUCUUUACUUUCUCACACCUUUUGUAACUACUGUAUUUUGCAACUACUGAUGGAGCACGGCCUUUCUAAAUAAAUUCCACAAUCGGUUUCCA